UUCAUUAACCUUGAGAGCACAAGGGUUCAAAGAUAGUCAAACGUUCUGAGACACUGAACAAAACCUAUGACACUGCUCCUCUGGAAUCUUCUGCAGCCGAGAUGAACUGUGCGUAUUGUGUAUCUGUCCUCGCCGUCCUGCUUCCUGUAUCGCUGAGCGUGGAAAUGACGGGGUUGUUUGGCAGCUUCACUUCCCCCAACUUCCCUCGCCCAUACCCCAACAACCAUCACACAGUGUGGAACAUCUCCGUCCCAGAAAGCCACAGGGUUAAACUCUACUUCACCCACUUCAGUCUGGAACCCUCACACCACUGUGAAUAUGAUUAUAUUCAGGUGUUUGCAGAGGCCAAUGAGACAUUGCGUUUCUGUGGCGAAGGGGAGAAAGAGUAUGUAGACGCCCCCAGGAACACAGUUAUCCUGUCGGCUGGGAACAUCAUGUCGGUAGUCUUCAGAAGUGACUACUCCAACGAGGGGCGUUUCACAGGCUUUCAAGCAUUUUACACCUCAGAAGACAUCAAUGAGUGCCUCAGCACGGUAGAUGGGGAGUCUGUGUGUGACCAUUAUUGUCACAAUUAUGUUGGUGGUUAUUACUGCACUUGCAGGUUGGGAUACCUGCUCCAUGACAACAAAAGGUCCUGCACUGUACCUUGCAGAGGUCAGGUGCUGACGGAGAGGUCAGGAGAGUUGGCCAGCCCGGGUUACCCCAGUCCAUACCCCACAAUGAGUCAUUGUAACUACACCAUACUCCUACCAGAGGGAUUCAGAGUGCUACUGGACUUCCAGGAACCGUUUGACGUAGAGGGCCACUCGGAUGUCCCCUGUCCAUAUGAUGUCUUGAAGAUCUUUACCGAAGGACAAGAGUACGGACCGUUCUGUGGAGCCUCUCCUCCUGGCAAGAUAGACACGGGCAGUUACCAAGUACAUGUCUCAUUCAGGUCGGACAUCUCAGGGAAAAACAAGGGAUGGAAGAUUAAGUAUACCAGCUUGGGAGUUCAAAAAGCAUAGUAGAACUUAAAUAUUAAAACAUAUCACAUGCUAUGCCAA